AGUUUCACUCGCAGUUGACAUAACUGCUUCACUGCAAGCACAAAUGUUUUUCCUUGAUUGUGGAAUACAGUGAGAUGGACACAGAAAGUUCAAGGGAGAUACAACCGUCAUUCCCUGUCGUAACACUCCCACAGACAUAUUCAUCAUCAGCCAAUCAGUGUUGAACAGACAGGUACUGUGACAGAUACCACACCUAUGACAGGCACCAGCACGUGGAGAAAAGAGUGAGAAGGUGGAGAAUAAAUACAAAGAGCCUGGGUGUAAGGAAGACUCGAGGAAAAAGUGGAAGAAAACAGGCACCGUUUCAAGAAUCUGAAUGCGAUUCAUGUGGACACUGUUGGAAAGGGCACAGAAAGUUUAGAUCACCAAGGAAACAACAUAAGAAGGACUCGCUGUCCGAGAAAAGAAGAGACACAGAAUAAAGUGUGGAGGAUGGACACAUGGCUGAAUGAAGUGCAGAAGCAUCCAGCCCUGUAUGUCUUGUUCUGUUCUGUAACCUUCAGGAUUCUUCACAGGUUCCUGCAGACUGUGCCCAGCCCCAGCAUAGUGGAAACAGACCCCUGGAGGACGUGGAAAUGGAGGAACCUCUCAGUGUCACUUGUCCAUUCACUGCUGACUGGCACUUGGGCCGUCGCCUGUGUCAUACAGCAUCCUGUGAUGGUGCAUGAAAUCCACUCAACUUACACCCCUUCAUCCUACAUGCUAGUCAUCGUCUCAUCUGGGUACUUCAUUCAGGAUGCUGGAGACAUUAUUUUUAGUGGAUACGCAAAAGCAUCUUGGGAGUUUUUACUUCACCAUGCUAUGGUGAUCUGGUGUUUCCUGUACGCCGUGUUCACACAUCAGUAUGUGGCGGGUGCAGUGGUGGCUUUAUUUGUGGAGGUGAACAGUGUGUUCCUGCACACACGUUUACUGCUCAAACUGGCUAAGGUGGCCCAUAACUCUUUCAUCUACACCGUUAAUAAACUGUUGAAUGUGGUGACUUACGUGACCUUCCGGCUUGGAGCACAGUUUUACCUCACCUGGUACCUCAUACAUCACUACUCGACAUUGGAUCAUGCUCUCUACUUCCUGAUAACCAUGAUGCUCAUGAACAUCAUGAUUCUCAUCUAUUUCUACCGCCUCCUCCGAACCGACUUCUUCAACAAGCGUCGUCCUCACAACAGUGCUCCUAAAUUUGCUGAGGACUGAACUAACAGAUGCUGAUGUCUAUCAGUCCAUAAACCAAAGACUGAAUUCAAGUGACUGUUAACAACAUUUAUCCAUAGGAUAUCUGUUCUGAACAGAUAAACCUCACCAGAGACGGUCUGACGCCAAUCAGAGACAUUUAAAACAUGUUAGAAUAAAACAUUUAUUUUUAAUUUUUUUAAAAAAUGUUUAAAACUUAAACUCAAUAAACAACUUUAAACUCAA